GCCUCCCGCUUCUUCGGCUGCUCAGGAACCGGCAGCCCCCACCCCCCCGCCAGGGAAGCCCUCCGGCCGCCGCCUGCCUCGCCCGGCCAGCCCUGCAGGGCCCGUCGGAGCGGGGGGAGUCGCGGGCCCAGAUCCCGGAAGAUGUCCAGUGCCCGCCCCUCCGGUCACAACUGGAGCCGGAACCCCAGUCCAGAGGAGGAAGAGGACCCCCUCGACCAAAUGAUCUCCCGCACCGGCUGCGCGGCUUUCCACUACGCCGUGCAGGAGUGCAUGGCCGAGCACCAGGACUGGCGCAAAUGCCAGCCGCAGGUGCAGAGCUUCAAGGACUGCAUGUAUGAGUGGGGCCAUCAGAUGAAGCGGGCGGAAGUGGAGGCUGCGCAAGGUUUUUUCAGGCCUCGAAGCUGAUGGUGAAAGCUUUUGAGCAUCAAAAGGCUGCCACCUUCCGUGGCUCGAGCCAAAAUCAAUCCAAAGCAGGCAUCCGUGGCCUUCUAGGGGCCUGGCCUGUUUCCGAGGAGGAGUCUACUCUCCCCGUGGCCUGUGGAGGAACCAGUGGCCGUGGUGAUGUACUCAGGGCACCAAGUUCUUGCUUUUAAAACCGGAAGAAUAAAUUACAUUUUCUCCCCUUG